UAAGUAACUGGCAGCAGUGAGCAGUUUCUCAGGGAAUUUUCCUACCUUGUCCUGACUAACUCUGAUGACUGCUUCCUACCCGGUGGGAGUGCCCUUCUAGCACUUUCGGGGCUGCCAGUUGGCUCUAGUUGCUGUGAAAGAUGGGGCUCCGUAGGCCUGAGGACCCCGUCCAGAUAGUCUUGAUCAAGUUGUGGCCUUUCCUGUCUCCCAGGCAGGUCACGGGGCCCAGGCUGCAUGAGCUCACUUCCUCCACAUCCUGUGUUAUCUCCUGCCUGUAGCUGCAGGGUGGGUAGUAAGGGAAAUGCUGGGAACUGUUUUCCAGUGCCUGGCGCCCUAGCAUAUUUCCUCAGUUCUGCCUCCUAGGGCUGGGGCACUGGGUACCUGAGGAAGAGGGAAGCUGCCCUGUUCCUCAGAAAGGCCCAUAGGUGUUGAGACUUGUCACUGUGUCACCAUCCAAGGGCUAGAGAGAGGGUGGUGUUUUGCCUUUUUUCAGAGCCUUUUUCCUUACAGGUUCCAUAGGCGUUUCUUUUCUUUGGGAAAUUAAAGAAGAUCCCACUUCUACUCCUUCCCCUUCCUUGAUCCCCCUGGGCCACUGACUCUUAUAACAGGUGCCUCUGGGCCCCUCUGUUUGCCCUGUCUUCUCUUGCUCUUGGCUUUCCAAAAUGUCUCACCCUUUUGUCCAGAGAGAAUACAUUUUCCCAUCCCCUAUGCUUGUGAAGUUCUGUCCACAUCUAGCCCUUAAAUGUGAGGGAGGAGGGCGUGGCCACCUCACUGGACACAACUGCCAGAUGAACUGGGGAAGAAGUGGUACCAGGCCUCCAGAGUAAGGGAAUGUACAGAAAGUAGAUGGGUAGAUAUAUGGUAGAUAGGUCAUUUGGAGCACUGGAGGUUUGUCCUGAGGCUUUAGGAAGGAAUGACCCUAGCUCCAGGGAGAUUUCCACCAGGGAGCAGGAGCCAAUUCUCAGGAUGUCUCUGGCCAGAAGGCUGAAGCUGCAAAGCCCCAUGUGGUCAGGGAGAGCUUUGGGAAGGUGGUUGACUGGCAUUCCCAUUCCCCUCACUGCCUGCCCUUCCAACCCAGGCUUCAAAUUGGAAUCCACCAAGGUCUGAGCUAACCAGGUCAGGAACAGCUGUGCACACCUAAAUCACCCAGGUUCACACAUGUGCACAUUUCCACAUAAUGCCAAUACUCUCCCAUCCAUGCCCACAGUAACUGAUAACUGGCCUAGGCCAUUCAGCCAGCUUCGGUUAGAAUGUUCCAUUCCACUGGGGAGUGGGGAGGCAGUGAGGUGAUAGAGAUAUGGCAGUGCUGCUCAGGUAUAUGCCCUCAGGAUAGUAUGUCCUCCACCUACUCCCACAUGGUUGUAUUAAUCAUGCUUCCUUUCCCAUUUGGGCUUCUCUUUCUGAACUGCUCUAAGCCCCUGCUUGCCCUUUAUCAACGUUUGACCUCCUAGAGUGCAGAUUUGCCUUUCUGGAGCUACAGUCGAACUAUCAAGAAGCCUGGGAACAAGGGUAGGAGUGAGGGCUUCUGAGCAGUUGUUCUAGUCCAUGGUUGCAGCUGUGCUGUGAGUCUCAAGGGAAGUAGGUGAAAGAUACUUUCCUUCCCAUUUCUGAGAUGAAGAAACUGAGACCCAGAGAGCACUUGUGACUUGUCCUGCUUUUUGCAGCUCUUGGGGUGAAUUUGGGGGCAGGGGGCAGGCAGGAUUACACUGACCAGAUUGCGGCCUACCACAAAGCCCUCUGAGUUCUCACAUUCUAGGUGACUGGCCUUUAGGCCAUGUAAUACCUUUAAAGUUCCACUCAUCACAGUCAGAAACUCACCUCCACAGAAAAGUGCUUGACUCUCAAAAGGGAGGGAAGGUGUCAGCACUUCCCUAUCUCAGGGCUCCCUCCUUGCGCAGUUCCUCAUCUAGGGUCUGAGCACUCAGGGGCCAGGGAGGGUGAAAUCUCUGGCUUGGGGCCCAAAGGUUGUUCCAGGUAGAGGGCAAGUGGGACUCUUAAAUGGGGAGCUGGAAACACUGCUGGCCAAAAAGUAGCUCUGCUUUGGAAAGUGGGAAGGCAGUAAUAAUUUGGACAGACAGUGCCUGUUUGUUGGGGGACAAAUAAGUUUAUUUUCCUCCCUUUGGGGGGAACUUUCAGAUGAAGGAACUCUGAUACCCUGGUCUGAGUGUACCAUUUUAGAAGAAGUAGAAUAGUGAUAAAGAUAAGGACCUUCUGCCUGUCCCUUCCCUGGUGGUGGGCCAGUGCAGAUUUGGUGUCUGGAUUCUAAGGCAGCUUUUAGAGUCCCUACAGGGAAGAAUGUCUCUCCUCAUGCUGUUCUCCUUGAGCUUCCUCCUCUGUAGCAAGAGGAACCUGGGCCUGCCCCACUUCAGUGUUCCAUCCAGCCUGACCAGACUCCUGGCUUUGUAGGUCUCCAGUCUAAAGCAUCCUGGAAGGGAGGCCUGACUGGUCCUCCAGAGCUGUAGAGAAUGAAAUGGAAGGUUCCCACAGGAGUCAGAACCUGUGGACUUUGACCAGGUUUAAUUUUCAUGCUUGUGCCUUUCUGACACAUUCUGUGCUGUCAUGGUUAGGAUACCAUAUGAUAGGUCAGUGAGGGAAAACUUGGCAGGAGGCUGAGACUUCUGGGUCUUUUCCUUUUCUCCCAUCCCACAAGAUUACACUUGCCUCCCCAUGAAUCCUGGAUGUGCUCAGCUCCUCUGCUCCUAGUCUGUACUUUAUAGAGCAGGGAAAGAGCCAUCUCUGUAGAUCUAGGCACCAGUAUCAUGCCAACUGCCCAUCCUCUCCUUGGGCCUGUUUCCCUGUCCAGUUUGAAACCUGUGGACCAGGGAGGAUACUUGUGUGCCCAGUUCCAUGGCAGAAUAGUUGAAGUGACUUUACCAUUGUGGAUGGGAAUGUUACUGGGAGGCUCACAUGAGACAGAAACAGGAUGUCCAUGGAACCCUGGGCCUGGUGCUUAGGACAGGAUGGGGCUCCCAGGUUUGUGUUGAUCUGGUGCUAGCAUCUCUCCAAGGAGGAGGCUCAGGUACACUGUUUGCUGGGUGAGGCCUGGCCCAGCCUACAGUAAGCUGUCCUUCCCACUCAAGAGUGGGUCUGGGAGAGAAAGGCACCUUUGGAGAGGGGGUGAGAUUGGACCAGGCCUCGCCAUUUGUUUUAUCAGGAGGAGAAACCCAUUCUAUGUCCAGACCUUAGUUGCCUUGUUGUCCCACCUCCCAGAAGACACUAGCAUACCAGAGGAUUCUGUGGCUUUUGUGGGCAGGUGUCAGGGAUGGAAUUUUUAUGUGUCUGGCUGAGGUGGAUUUGUUAGGGCAGCACAUGUUUAUCCUUGUGUGGAUAGGGUGACAUCUGAGUUGGGGCCUUUCCUCUUUAAGUGUUACAGUGUGUUGGCCAUGCCAGCUGGCCCUUGCUUGGGUCUGUUCUCUACUUUAGGCAGGAGCUCUUGAGGCCUGCAUUCUUCCAUUCAAAGAUGGUGACAGGAGCCUGUUUCCUUCCAGGGCUGUGGUUGAGACUGGAGCUGAAAAGAUGUGGGUUCCCAGUCAGCCCAUGUCAGCCCAUGUCAGCCCACCUCGGACUACCUCCCUGGGACUUUGAGCACCUUGAUUGCCCUGAGCUGAGAUGGCAACAGCUGUGGAAUGUUUGCUCUUCUAGUCCUGUUAUCUGUGUAGUGGGAAGGGUUUUCUCAGGUGAGGUGUGUCCUGCAGAUAGUCAGGGAGGGGCCUGGCCAAAGUGCUUUUCUGAAGCAAAGAUGGAAAAAGCAGAGUGGUAUGGGCUUCAGUCCUGGCCACUUUCCAGCCCCAGGUUGGUUUUCCCUGAAGCCCACCCAGGUACACAGUUUUUGAGGAGGCUUGGAUAGGGUCACAGCCAGGUAUGGGGGCUCUGAGACUAAGAGGGGUGAGGAGAUAGCCAGAGCAGACUCAAUGCUUAGGUUGUUACCAUGGUGCUCUGUCUGCUUGCCUGAUCCUCUUGCUCCUCAGAUGCUACUUUGUAACCUGAAUCAAAAAUGGGUCAGGUCCUGGUGAGGGAGGAGACUCUGCCUUGAGCUCGGGGCUCAGAUUCCCACCUGUACUCUUGGGGCCUAGAAGCCCUGGCAGCCUCCGGUCCCCUGUCUGCCAUGGUUCGCUGGAGCAUGAAGCCCUAGGGCCUUGCAUACGUGCUGCCCUCCUGGCAGAGCUAAGGGAGUGGGUGAGCUGGGCAGACUGGCUUAGCCCAAGGCAGGAGGGACCAGACAGGUGGCCAUACCCUGUGGGACUGAGUGGGCUGAGUGCAGGGGCUUCUGCUCUGGGCAGAAGCCUGAGCAGGUGUGACAAGUGCUUGUCUGUUUGCAAUAGCUCUGACCCUCUAACCUGUGCUCUGUGAGCCACCGAGACUGAACCAAGUGGGGAAGCUACACCACCAGCCACCAGUGCCCCUGGAGCAGUGACAGCACAGGAGAUUCUCUGGCGUGGGGGGAAGGGGAGGAAGGAGGAAAAACAAAGGCGAGUGAACGAACGAACAACGAGCGAGCGAGCGCAGAGAGCCUUGCACCGCCCUCCCUGUGCCUGCCCACGAUGUGUCAGUCAGAGGCGCGGCGAGGACCAGAGCUCCCAGCAGCAGCGAAAUGGUUGCACUUCCCCCAGCUGGCCCUGCGAAGGAGGCUAGGCCAGCUGAGCUGCAUGUCCAGACCUGCCCUGAAACUGCGCUCCUGGCCCUUGACUGUUCUCUACUACCUCCUGCCCUUUGGUGCUCUCAGGCCGCUCAGCCGGGUGGGAUGGAGGCCUGUGAGCAGGGUGGCCCUGUACAAGUCAGUGCCAACACGUUUGCUGUCACGGGCCUGGGGUCGCCUCAACCAGGUGGAGCUGCCGCACUGGCUGCGCAGGCCUGUCUAUAGCCUGUACAUCUGGACCUUCGGGGUGAACAUGAAGGAAGCCGCUGUGGAGGACUUGCACCACUACCGCAAUCUCAGUGAAUUCUUCCGGCGCAAGCUGAAGCCACAGGCCCGGCCUGUCUCUGGGCUGCACAGUGUGAUCAGCCCAUCGGAUGGGAAGAUCCUCAACUUCGGGCAGGUGAAGAACUGUGAGGUGGAGCAGGUGAAGGGGGUCACUUAUUCCUUGGAGUCAUUCCUGGGCCCUCGCACCUACAUGGAAGACCUGCCUUUCCCACCAGCCUCUUCAUGUGACUCCUUCAGGAACCAGCUGGUUACCCGGGAAGGGAAUGAACUCUACCACUGUGUCAUAUACCUGGCCCCUGGGGACUACCACUGCUUCCACUCCCCCACUGACUGGACUGUCUCCCAUCGGCGCCACUUCCCAGGCUCCCUGAUGUCAGUGAACCCUGGCAUGGCUCGAUGGAUCAAAGAGCUCUUCUGCCAUAACGAACGGGUAGUUUUGACAGGAGACUGGAAACAUGGCUUCUUCUCGCUGACAGCUGUGGGGGCCACCAACGUGGGCUCCAUUCGCAUCUACUUUGACAGGGAUCUGCACACAAACAGCCCAAGGUACAGCAAGGGGUCCUACAACGACUUCAGCUUUGUGACGCACACCAACAAAGAGGGAGUCCCCAUGCGCAAGGGUGAGCAUCUGGGCGAAUUCAACUUGGGCUCCACCAUUGUGCUCAUCUUCGAGGCCCCCAAGGACUUCAAUUUCAGGCUGAAAGCAGGGCAGAAGAUCCGCUUUGGGGAGGCUUUGGGCUCCCUCUAGGUCUUCCUUCUGCCUACAACUGCCAAUGCACCUAAGGGAACUAAGGGUCUUUUAUAGAAGCCCUCAGGGGUGUCUAGCCAAGGGAAUCACCUCAGGUGUGUGUGGGAAGGUCGAUCCAGUAGAACCUGGAUGAUUUGCUACUGCCUGUCCCAGAGGUGCAGACAAGAGAUUCUGAAUCCUCACGAGGCAGCCAGAACCCGUCAUGCCUGCGAUCUACCCUACAGAGAGAAAAAGUGUAGGUGUGGAUAACCUCACAAUCACAUUUGGAUCUUUUUUAAAUGUUGUAUAAACUGGAGAUUCUUCUCUCCUAGUUGGUCUUGGAUAUUGUUAGGCGAUGCUAAGUGCGAACAUGCCCUCUAGCCUCCCCAUAACUGGAGAGUUUUGUUGGACCCUUUGGCUUUUUCUGGUCUUGUCCCUUUACCUCCCAUAGUGCACAGGAUGAGCUGCCUCUUUGGCAUGGAUUGUGGACCCUCCCUCCCUCCCUCCCUCCCAGAGCAGGCCACACAGACUUCAUGACAACUACUUUCUGUUCCCAAACUUGCCUCACCCUGCUUGAUGGAAAAGCAAAAUCUUUCUUUGCAUUUGGGGCUUGACUGCAUUGCUCUGGACUCUUGCCAGGAUCUUCUGAGGAUGGUAACUAUGACACGGACCUUUGUAGGUAGGCCCUGAGGAGUGACCUUCCAGAGCUUCCUUGCAUCAGGCAAGGCCAAUUACUGUCCCACCUGGUGGCUAGGCUGAAUGGGGCAGAAGCCUAGUUUGAGCUGGCAUCGCUUUUUUCAGAUCCAGCUCUACAUAAAGUAUGGGAAAUUCCUGUUUUUCCAAGGACUGUGUUGGAGGCUAAAAGUAUAUGGUGGGUCAGUACUAGAAAACCUGUCCCAGGUGACAGGUAUGUAGGCCUUGAGCAGUGGUGGGAACAGUCAGGUUACCUGUUGAUCCUGUGAAUUUCUCCUCCAGGGGAACUCAUUGAAUUUUUUCAACUGUAUCAGUAGCACAGUAUUUUUGUAUGAAAAGUGGGAGACUUCUGAACAGUAAUUCAUUUAAUUGCAAGACAUUUUGAAAUAAAAAGCUUAAAAACUCA